CGCACCGCGGUGUGGACCCAGCACGCCUGGGCCGGGGGCUGCAGCAUGCUCUUGCGGUCUGUGGUCUGAAAGGUGCUGGAAGCAGAGCCUGUGAGUGGGGUCUAGGACUCCACAGCCCCCCAACCUGCUGCUGCCAUGGUAGGAAAAGGUGCCAAAGGGAUGCUGAAUGGUGCUGUGCCCAGCGAGGCCACCAAGAGGGACCAGAACCUCAAACGGGGCAACUGGGGCAACCAGAUCGAGUUUGUACUGACGAGCGUGGGCUAUGCCGUGGGCCUGGGCAAUGUCUGGCGCUUCCCAUACCUCUGCUAUCGCAACGGGGGAGGCGCCUUCAUGUUCCCCUACUUCAUCAUGCUGAUAUUCUGUGGGAUCCCUCUCUUCUUCAUGGAGCUUUCCUUCGGCCAGUUUGCAAGUCAGGGCUGCCUGGGGGUCUGGCGGAUCAGCCCCAUGUUCAAAGGUGUGGGCUACGGCAUGAUGGUGGUGUCUACAUAUAUUGGCAUCUACUACAACGUGGUCAUCUGCAUUGCCUUCUACUACUUCUUCUCGUCCAUGACUCACGUGCUGCCCUGGGCCUACUGUGGUAACCCCUGGAACACACCUGACUGUGCUGGAGUGCUGGAUGCUUCCAACCUCACCAACGGCUCCCGGACUGCUGCCCUGCCUGGAAACCUUUCCCACCUGCUCAACCACUCCCUCCAGAGGACCAGCCCCAGUGAGGAGUACUGGAGGCUCUAUGUGCUGAAGCUGUCAGACGACAUCGGGAACUUUGGGGAGGUGCGACUGCCCCUUCUCGGCUGCCUCGGUGUCUCCUGGGUGGUGGUCUUCCUCUGCCUCAUCCGAGGGGUCAAGUCUUCAGGAAAGGUGGUGUACUUCACAGCCACCUUUCCCUACGUGGUGCUGACCAUCCUGUUUGUCCGCGGCGUGACCCUGGAAGGAGCCUACACGGGCAUCAUGUACUACCUGACCCCACAGUGGGACAAGAUCCUGGAGGCCAAGGUAUGGGGAGACGCUGCCUCCCAGAUAUUCUAUUCUCUUGGUUGCGCGUGGGGAGGCCUCAUCACCAUGGCUUCCUACAACAAGUUCCACAACAACUGCUACCGGGAUAGCAUCAUCAUCAGCAUCACUAACUGUGCCACCAGCGUCUAUGCCGGCUUCGUCAUCUUCUCCAUCCUGGGCUUCAUGGCCAAUCACCUGGGUGUGGACGUGUCCCGUGUGGCUGACCACGGCCCUGGCCUGGCCUUUGUGGCUUACCCCGAGGCCCUCACACUGCUGCCCAUCUCCCCACUCUGGUCCCUGCUCUUCUUCUUCAUGCUCAUCUUGCUGGGGCUGGGCACUCAGUUCUGCCUCCUAGAGACGCUGGUCACAGCCAUUGUAGACGAGGUGGGAAAUGAGUGGAUCCUGCAGAAGAAGACCUAUGUGACCUUGGGUGUGGCUGUGGCUGGCUUCCUGCUGGGGAUCCCCCUCACCAGCCAGGCAGGCAUCUACUGGCUGCUGUUAAUGGACAACUACGCGGCCAGCUUCUCCUUGGUUGUCAUCUCCUGCAUCAUGUGCGUGUCCAUCAUGUAUAUCUAUGGGCACCGGAACUAUUUCCAGGACAUCCAGAUGAUGCUGGGAUUCCCGCCACCCUUCUUCUUCCAGAUCUGCUGGCGCUUUGUCUCUCCGGCCAUCAUCUUUUUCAUUCUCAUCUUCACGGUGAUCCAGUACCAGCCCAUCACCUACAACCACUACCAGUAUCCAGGCUGGGCUGUGGCCAUCGGCUUCCUUCUGGCUCUGUCCUCUGUCAUUUGCAUCCCUCUCUAUGCCCUGUUCCAGCUCUGCCGCACAGAGGGAGACACCCUCCUCCAGCGUUUGAAAAAUGCCACAAAGCCAAGCAGAGACUGGGGCCCCGCCCUCCUGGAGCACCGGACUGGGCGCUAUGCCCCCACCAUACCGCCCUCUCCUGAAGAUGGCCUCGAGGUCCAGCCGCUGCACCCAGACAAAGCCCAGAUCCCCAUGGUGUGCAGUAACGGCUCGAGCCGUCUGCAGGACUCCCGGAUAUGAGCACAGCUGCCCGGGGAGUGUCCCACCCCCACCCAUGCUCCCACCACAGAGACUGGGGAGGCAGGGGACCGGUGUCACCACCUGCCCCUGCCAUGACCUGGCCAGGGCGGCUGCUGUCACCUUGGCCACCACUGGUAGCGUGGUCAUUUGUGCUCAUGUCCCCAGUGUUUACAAGUCCUUUGGAUGCCAAGAUGGCAGCUGGGGAUGGGUGUGGGCAUUGGGAGGAUUGAUGGGGGGGGGGCCCAAAGCACUUUGGAGGGGUCUCAGGCCAGGUCCCCAGAGAUCUGCUGGGCUUUACAUGGCCUCUGAUGCCCCCACACUCUGCCCUGAGCUGAGGUUCUAGGUUGGCCCCCUACCUGUCCCCCUCCUUAGGCCUCCAGCCUCCUGACCAGUGUUCCUGCCGUCAGAGCAGACCCCAGCUCUGCCCAGGCAAAUUUGGGUCUUCCUACCUGGGAGCAGGGUGAGGGGCUAAGGGGCUGUACAGUGUUACUUGUCAGGCUAUGCCACCCAGCCCUGUUUGUCUGUGUAAUUAUUUUUGUAAAAAUUGUAUUAUCGUGGUUGCCAUCCCCAUGCCCCCAGCCUUGGGCCCCCUCUGUCUUCCAGGCCUGCCUGGACCUCACUUGGCUGCUCUGGGGUCUCCACACCUCAUUCCAGCCCUGGCUGUCAGGCCCAGCCAGCAGAGGCCCAUGACCCAGCAGCCUCCCCAAAGCACUAGUUUCUAGGGGGUAGGGGUGGGGUGCUGCUCAGCAGGAGGUUUGAACCCAGAGCCCUGGGGAAGGG